AUGACGACAGAAUCAGAUGAAGAACUAGCUUCAAUCGUUCAGCAUAUCUCUAUCAGUGAUGGAACCACCUCCGUCCUCGCGCCAUCAGACAGGAAUGGCCUGUCGAACGGAGGGAACGAUUAUCCUCCAAAAGUCGAAAAAACGGAUCAAGACAGCAACAACGUAUCAGACCGGGAGCUUGAAUCUCCUCAAUCUAACGCAAAUGAAGAGAACGUCAAUUACAGGGAGCUGGAAAAGAGGAUACAAUCGUUGUCACGCGAAAUAUCCUUACUCCUGGACCGGAUAUAUGAAAUUCAAGAGCUUCGACAUUUUUCAAUCCCAUCGUCGUCAACUUCAACGGUUUCUACUCCCUCAAGAAUCGAUGAUCUGUUGUCAUCAUUGACAGAUUCCACUUCAUUACUCAGACCGCAAAUCACGUCAUUACAAUCUAUAUUCUCGUCAAGUACAGGGUCACAUACCGAAAAUCUACAAGAUGGGCUAGAGGAACUCAUGGUUGAAUGGAAGAAGGUAGAAGAACAGCACAAACUUUUGUUAGAAGAAAUGAAAGAGGAUGGAUGGUUGGUGAGGUUUCGAACUACGGCUGAUCAAGCUGAAGCUAUGAUGAAUCCAUUACGGAAGAGUUUGACUGAAUGUCAGACGUAUGUCGAGCGAAUCAUACAAUCAACUCGCCAUGUUCCCCUAAAUUCCGAAUAUGAGGAACAAGUCAGUAUAGAGAAUUUACAGAAGAUCUCUAAAGGUCAUGAGUCUAUGACGAGAACAUACGUACCGAGCAUAAACAAGAUACUCAAAAUGAUGGAUAAGAGUAUAUCUGAUCGACCCAUCAAGAAUGGCGAGUCCUUAAGACGACUCAGUGAGAUGAGCCAACGAUGGAGCCUGAUGCAAAAACAGCUGCAACAGGUCAACUCCAAGAUACGUUUCAUCUUCUCACAGCACCAACAAGGAGUAGAUCACGACGAUGGAGCAGAAGACAUCGAGCUUCUUGCCGAUGUCACAUCUCCAUACAGCUCCCCCGACUCUCGAGGUGAUUACUUCGGCUAUGGUGGUGAGGCCGUAAGAUCAAGGGAAUCGACCAAUUCAAGUUAUUCUUCAAACAGGACCAGAGAGUCCAGCUCCGGGAUGCCCCAAAAAACAUCGCAAGGACGCCCUCACUAUGCUUCUUCCUCGGCUACCCUUUCCCCUGACACAGCAAUGCGACCUUUACCUCUUCGAAGACGAACGUCAAUGAUGUCUAGUACAUCUGCAACCACAGCACGAACACCGAACGAGAAACCAAGAUGGGAUUCAUCUCGCAAAGUACCUGAAACAGUGUCUACGCCUACAAUGCCUCGUAGAUUGAGUGCACUUCCAAGAUCAAUCAGUCCUACGCCUAGCAAUGCAUCGAUGUCAUCUGCCGUGUCGCGUCGUUUGAGUAGGAUACCGAUAGCAACGCCACCGAAAAGUAAAGGUAAGGAUUACUCAUCACCCACAGGAAGAUCUGAUAGAGGCAGUGAAGAAGUCAUUAUACCUGGUUUAUCUGUAUCCAAUACACACUCACGUAUCUUGCUUUCUGAACCUCGACAAACCAAGGGUCAGAAUCAUUUGGAAAAAGCUAGAAUGGGUUUGGCAACUCCCGACUCAUCGAGACCCAGAAUGAGUUCCACAUUCACAUCAUUCUCAAGGACGAAUACGAAUACACCACGAACAGCACCUGUCUCGGGACGAGCAAGCCUGAGUAGAGCACCCCCUUCUUCAUUCAGAAUAACGUCACCGACACCUAACAGCUCAACCAGACCUUCUUCAAGAUUAAGUACGAUAUCAUAUUCGAAUGUUAAUCUGAACGAUAUACAAGAAUUCAAGCCUUCGAAAUAUGAUUUACUAGAUACAGCAAUUCAACGAAUCAUGGAAGAAAUCAACUUUAACCUGUUCGCGAGUAGAUUAGAUCAAUCACUCAAACGAGGUCAAAGGAGAAAUGAACAUGAAGAAUGGAAAGGUGAAUACAUAUUUGGCAGAGGAGAAAAACCUUCUUCUGUCAAAUUAAUCUUCUUAGCUCCACAAAAACCUAGUUUGGAAAAGAGGACCAAGUGUUUAGUUAGAGUCGGUGGUCAAUGGUUGGAUCUUAAAGGGGAAUUGGAAAGGAGAAUGAGGGAUAUCGAGGACGAUGAGACUUUUUGA